UGUCUAUUUCAUUUUGGCUAUAUUAGAAUUAUAUUGGCUAUAUGUUAUUUUAAUUCAAUUUCACUUUUUACUCCAUUAUGUGAAAUAUUUCGCUAGUCUGUUACUCAGAUGCAUGACAUACGUCAAUGUUAAGAUGACAUGUUGAUGUUGAGUUGUGUUGUUGACACGAGGGAAUUGAUCAAGAAUUGAUAUCAAGGGCUCUUCCGUUGAUGUUUAUUUUGAGGCUGCUAUUUAUAUUUUAAUAAUAAAUAAAUAAGUAAAACUUAUAAAUCCCCGCGAUGCUACUAAACAGUAUUACUAUGGAAGCCUUGAAACUUAUAAUUAACCCGAAACUAACUAUUCAAACUUGUUUCCUUUGCUUCAAACAACGUGAUGAGUUAUACAAUAUUCAUUCGGAUCUGGUCAUUAUUACAGACCACCAAGAAUUCACGGUUUCUGUGUUUAAAAUGGUGUCGUACUUAUUUUCCUUACAAGAUACAGUAUUGCAACAAGUCUGUAAUAAAUGCUCAGAAAUAGUCAUAACUAUUUAUAUCCUGAUACAAAAACACACAAUAAUGAAAGAAAAUCUGAAGAAAAUUGCCGAAACCCUUGUAAAAGAGAUCUCGGGCAUAAAGAAGUUUGACAAAAAUUGCUAUUUAAGAAUACAUCGCAAUAAAGAGAUGAAGUCAGUGAAUAAGAUUAAAAAAAGGAAUUUAAAGGCUGAUGAAUGCCAUAAAUGUGACAUGAGUUUUGAAUCAAAAGAUCAACUACAAGAACACAGAAGAAUAACUCACAAAAAUACUAAUGAAGCAGUUGUUUGUCAUAUUUGUGGGAAAAGUUGCAAAACACCAAACGCUUUGAAAGCUCACUCAAAUUGUCACAAAGAAAAACAAUGUCCGUACUGCUCGAAAAUGUUAAAAACACAUUCACAUUUCAAAAUACAUGUCAAUAACCAUGUGACAUAUAACAAACGGAAGCAAAAUAACACAAAAUACAAUUGUCAUAACUGUAAUUUUGUUAGCCUUAGCAAAGGAACUCUAGAUGCACAUAUAAACAAAGUCCAUUUGGGAAUCAGACCUUAUGUGUGUCCUAUAUGUGAUAAAGGAUUUUUUAAGAAAAGUAAUUUAACCGAACAUAUCAACAUACAUGAUAAAGUAAAAACCGAAACAUGUGAAAUCUGCGGUGACAGUUUUGUCAGCAAAAAGACUCUCGCUGAACAUAUAAGAUUACAUAAAAAUCAGAAACCAUACAAAUGCGAAAUGUGCUCGGAAAGUUUCGUUACAUCAGGACGGAGAUCGGACCAUGUUAAAAGAAAACAUAUGGAGAAGAGAGAAUGCUGUUUGAUUUGUAAUAAAAUGUUUAGUUUGAAAAAAACUCUGAAUAGACAUGUAAAGAAAAUGCACUGGCAACAAUACAAUAACAUACAUGUGUCGGAGUUUAUUGAAACUGCUGAUGGUGGUAGUAAUAUAGAAAUGUUGUUGCCUAUUUCAUGAAGGUAUGUUAGUUGUUAAUAUUGCAAAAAAUACUUAGACGCGACUUCAUAGGCUAGAAAGUAUUAAUAAUGUUAUUUUAGCCAAAUUAUUCAUAUUGUUUAGAUACCUAAGUCUUAUUAGUUCUAAUUAUUUCUAUGUACAUAUAUUUGAUGAGGCACUUUGAUCUCAGCCAAGAAAGUAAUGCUUGAUGUAUAUAUAUAAUAUAUUAAUAAUUUCGUCCAGGGGUACGGUAGACCCGAAUGAAAUUAUACUCAAAUGAAAGAGCGUUAAAAAAUAAGAGUUUUGAAUCGACUACAUAUAUUGGCAAAAUUCGGAUUAUCGCGUGUUUUGCUUUUAAAAGUGUUAAUUUAAUGACAAACACAUGACAAAAGGUAGGCCAUAUUUAAUUUGGAAAAUGACAGCGACGGGUGCGUUCGGAAAUUGUGAACACGUUUGCGACGGCAUGUUGGUUGGCACCCAGUGUGUAAGAUGCACAAACUUUUUUUAAAGAAUGACUAUGUAUGUCAUGAAUGAAUGAUGUAUAAAGUAAGGCGCGGUAAAUAAAUUUUUCUAUGGGAACAACCCUUCACGCCUACAUUUUUAACCGACUUCAAGAUUUCAAAAGAGGAGGUUAUCAAUUCGGUUGUAUGUUUUUUUUAUGUUUGUUACUCCAUAACUCCGUCAUUUCUGAACAGAUUUUGAAAAUUAUUUUUUUGUUUUAAUUUAUGUAUAUAUAGAUUAGUCCCGUUUUUGUCAAAACUCAGUUCUGAUGAUGGGAUCCAUGAGGAAUCGAGGGCACUCUUCAAAUGUUAAAGGCAUACAUAUAGUGAUUUUUGUAUUUUAUGUAAUAAAUAGCAGCGUUUUACCUUACAAUAAAACGCUUAUUAAGCGAAAUACCUUAUUUGAAGCCUAUUUAAUAUUUGAGAGUGCGAUGCUGUUUGACAGAUGACGUAGCGGUUCACUAUAGGCUGACACCUACCCCUUUUGUACUCGUAUUUCAAGUUUUAAUCCCCUCCACCAGGCGCCCGUGGCGUGCGGCCGCGGAGCUCUUCAUUGGGUCUCAAAAUAUAAAUAAAACGAAGUUGCAAUAUACCACAUUCGAAAAAGGAUUGCAUUUGAUAUUAUUUAUUAUUUCGUUUUCAAUAUGAAGAGAUAUACCAGUUGACUUGUAUGUAUAGACUAUAGAUGUUGCUUAUUGCAACCUGCAUGGUAGGAGAAAACGCAGUGAGUUAAAAAUACCCUCGACGGGCAUUAUAUAAGUGAUUUGGUUUAUUGCAACUGAGUGUUGUAGCCACAGGCGAAUUUAAAAAUAUAGGCUUCAAAUAAGGUAUUUCGCUUAAUAAGCGUUUUAUUGUAAGGUAAA